AUGUCAACAUUUAUUAAAAAUAAUAAAAGUAUUUUUACGAGAACAAUAACGACAACAGUUAAUAAUAAUAAUAAUAAAAUUUUAAAAUAUUUAAUUAAUUUAAUGAUAAUGAAAUCACCAUCAUCAAUUUCUUUUUCUUCAAGAAACUAUCAAACAUCUUCAUUUUUUGAUAAUAUUAUUAAUAGUAACAAAAAUACUAACAAAAAUAGCAAAGAUAGUAAAAAUAUAGAUGACAAUAAGAAGAAUAAUAAAGAUUCUAAACCUGAUAAAACUAAAAGUGAAGCAACAAUAUUUAUAAAUGAUAAUAAUGAAGAUCAAAAAUUUUUAAAGGAAGAUCCAAUAAUUUCACAACUUAUUAAUAUGAUAAUGAAAGAUGGUAAGAAAGCCACUGCAACAAAAUAUGUUUUAGAUGCAGCACUUGAAAUACGUAAACAAACCAACAAUGAAGAUCCGUACAAGGUUAUUAAGACAGCAAUAGAAAUUGCAUCACCUCUUGUUGAUUUGAUAAGUAAGAAAGUCACUGGUACAAAGUCAGCACAAAUACCAACCGCGUUGAAUCCAAGACAACAAAGAAAUCGUGGUAUUAAAUGGAUACUUGACGCAUCUGAAAGACGUAAUCAUAAACAAUUUAGUGUUAGGCUGGCUCUAGAAAUUUUGUCGGUUAUAAAUAAUACUAGUCCGGCAGUAAAGAAAAAAGAACAACUGCAUAGUAGUGCAAUACAAAAUAGAUCUAGCCUACCAAUUAAAUGGUAA